AGAAAAUGUGAGUCAGCCUCUUUCUUUUUCUUCCCUGCUCCCUUUUUUUUUCCUUUUUGUCUUGCUGGAGGGAUUCGGGCGUCAGGCGCAUCGUCGCUUCUGUUUUUGCAGCGUCAGUAGUUAUCCGGUUGGGUCUUUAUUCGAGAUUACGUUCCAUUUUAUUGGUUUACAAGACUGAGAGGCAAUUUGAAACGACCACACAGCUGUUUUUUACUCCGUGGUUCGUGGGUAUUUUCGAAAUUUGUUUUUGUUAAUACGCCACUGCGACAAAGGGAACGGUACGGAAAUUGGGGAGUAGGGACUGAAAAACUCGUCUUUGCUGAUUUUCAGUGUUGUCUUGAGAGCGAACGAUAGGAUGAAAACACACUCCGAUCCGAGCAUCCUGGAUUUCCUGCUUUUACAUCUGAGGAAAAAGGUCAGACGCUUCUGUCCCCCCUAGCCCAGAAUGGACAGCCGCUUCCAGCUGCCGCCUUCUCCUAUCGAGCAGCUGAAUGGUGACCAGGAAGAAAGCUACCUCUGUCCUCUGUGUCUGUACUCUACCACCAGUGCGGCAAUCCUCUUUCGGCACCUCUUCAUCCACACUGGUGUCAAGCCUUACUGUUGCUUCGAGUGCGGAGAGCGCUUUGCCAUUCCCGAGACUCUGAGGAGCCACCUCGCUGUGAAGCACCCUCGAAAGCUUCCGCUCCACUGCGACCGGUGCCGAAGCAGCUUCCGCUUUCGCCUGGAGCUCUGUCAACACGAAGUACUGUCGUCUUUGGAGACCCUGCACUACUGCUACUACUGUGGAAAAGGUUUUCUGUCUGCUGUGGAUGUUCUCCAGCAUGCCCGGACACUACAUUUGCCAUCUCGCAAGCACGAAUGCGACGUUUGUGGAAGGUUUUUCCCAUCGUUCGAAAGCAUCAGCAUCCACAGCGUCUUUCAUUUACGGCACAGCAGCACCGAACAUCUGUUGCCUCCCUUUGCAGGGUUCCGUAAGGGCACCAAGUUCCAUCUGCGGCGCCGGCCUCAUCGCUGCCCGAGCUGCCCCAAGCACUUCCUGCACCUGCGCUCCCUCAAGAGGCACCAGCAGAGUCACAGGCGGGAGGGCUCGGUCGCGUGCCGUGUGUGUGACCGCCCCUUCACGCUGCCCUGCUCGGUGCUGAACCACGCGCGAGAGCACGAGGAGGAGCUGCGCCUGUGCUCCGAGGAGCCCCUGCACGCCCUGGGGCUCCUGCCCACGGACCCGCCGCACGAGUGCGAGCUCUGCGGCAAGACCUACUCCACGAGCAACAGUCUGCGGGCCCACCGCAAGACGCACAGCAGUGACCGGCCACACAAGUGCGACGUGUGCCAGAAGCAGUUCCUGCGCUCCUAUGACCUCAAGCGCCACCUGCGCAUCCACACUGGCGAGCGCCCUUUUGUAUGUGAUGUCUGCGGACAGGGCUUCUUCCAGUCGUCCGCCAUGCGGAACCACCUGCGCACCCACACCGGCGAGCGCCCCUUUUCUUGCGAAGUCUGCGGCAAGGACUUCACCCUGGCUUCCACGCUGCGUGGGCACAUGAAGAUCCACACGGGCGAGCGCCCCCACCGCUGCACCCUGUGCGCCAAGUCCUUCUCGCGCCCCUACGAGCUCAAGACGCAUAUGCGCAUCCACACUGGGGAGAGGCCCUUCGCCUGCGGCACGUGCGGGCUGGGCUUUGCGCAGGCCUCCACGCUCCGGACGCACGUCAAGAUCCACGAGCAGGGGACGGCCUCCUUUGCCUGCCGCCUGUGCGGGGAGGCCUUCGACAGGGCGACGGACCUCGAGCUCCACUCCAAAGUCCACACGGGGGAGCUGAGUCCGCAAGAGUCAGCCCAGCAGCUCCCGUUCCGCUGCAGCAUCUGCUCAAAAACGUUCACGAGGCAGACCCACCUCAGGAACCACAUGAAGCUGCACUUGGGGCCAGAGCCCUUCAAGUGCGAGGUGUGUGGACAGGCCUUUGCGCAGUUCUCGAGCCUCAAGAGCCACCUCAAGGCCCACAUGGGCGAGCCCUCGUACUCCUGCUCGGCGUGCGGGCAACACUUCCUCCAGUUCUCGGCGCUCAAGGCGCACAUGGUGCUGCACACCAGUGAGAAGGCCGUCGUGGCUGUUGGGGAGUAGGCUGGGUGGCUCGUGCGCAUCUCUGUCUAGUCACCUUGUUUCGUUGGUUUUGCCUGAAAAGUAAGGAUCAUGGAGAUGAGCAAAGCGUUUGCUGCGACAGGAUCGAAUGCUGUGCUUUUAAUUACCAGCUUUCGAUUAUUGCGUAAAAUAAAUAACGCACCUUUUUUUUAUUUUUUUUUUUUUACUUAGAAGUGCACAGUUUAACGAGCAACUGUGCAAAAUUUGAUGAGAUUACUUGGUUUAUGCUUAUUUCCAUUCCCGAGAGAGUUCUUUAAAAUUUAAAAUGAUGCGGAUGUUAUGUAAAUUGUGGAUUGCCCGAUUCAGAUAUACAAACCUUAGGAAAAGUGUUAGACUUUUCGAAUGCCAGCAUUACUCAGGGUACUUCAUGUUAAAAUGUGCUCAUACGUGUCUCAUUUCAUUGUGUGCUUUUUGUUGGAAAAUGGGGAAGAAGGGGUGAAUGGCUGCAAACAUCCCGAGACAAUGAGCUCGAGGCACUCAUUAACACAGUUUGCAAAGCUUGGGUUCAGAAUGUCAUCAUAAUAACUCUUGGCAAAGUAGCGGUUAAUGCUUCUGGAAGUUUCUGUGAAGAGGCGACCAUUCACCACUGAUUGGACAGGUGUGUUACAAAAGAGAAACCUAUUUACACUCUUGUGCUCCUUCUGUGUGCUGUUUUGUAUUGUUACGUGGGUGCCCCCCUAGCAAACACUUGUGUAGACGUUUGUCAGUGUCUGUAUCAGUUCCUAGUCAGGUGUCACUAGUGCAACUUUCUUUUGUGCUGUUGCUACAUGUGCCAAAUUUAUGGCAUCAAGGUUAAGAAUACCGACCAAAGAUACAGUUCUACCUCAUGAAAGUUCCGAGAAACGUGUCCCUUUUGACGCUUUAGGAAUAUAGUUUGUAGUGCCAAAUUUUGUUCUGUCCUGUGUCUCACCUGUGUUCUUGCAUGACUGUCCUGCGUGAAGUGAUAUUUUGCUGCUUGUCCUAGUUGUGGUUAUUGAAGUGUUCCAUCAUUAUGAAUCUGUGUUAUUUACUCCCUCCUGCGUGUUAGAAAAUGAGAAAGCUGCCUGAAAGUGUAAUACCAGCAAUGUUUGUAGUACUUAGCAUAUUCAGAGUCCUAUUUCUUAUGUUUACCGAAGAGCAGUUUUGUCAUUCUUUCAAUGUCUUUGGAGUGCACAAUCCAGAUAUUUGAUAAAUGGACUAUAUCAAACAAAAUAAGAAAACACAAAAAAAAAGUGUCAGGGCCGAGGUAGAAACCCUGAUUUCCCGAUUACUGUCUCUGCCCGAGAUAAUCCCGCUCAGUAGUUUUAUUUUAUUUCAGUGAUGUGGUUUAUUCAGCUGCAUGUUUGGACUAAGUGUCUCUACACAAAUUGUAACUGCAACCUACUUGCAAAAUACUUUAGAAGAUAAAAUAAUUGGUCCUUCCUCUUAGCUUGCAUUAGCAGCUUUAUAAAUAGGCUGCAGUUUUUUCGGGCUUUAUUUCUUUCCUCAGAUUUGCCUCUUUUCGAUGUCGGACAAAAGAUUGGCAUUUAUUGGGGGCUUAAGACGUGACGCUGGCAUGAUGUCCCCCAACCUCCAGGGAGCACGUGUGCAAACCAAACACUUGGAACAUGUCCCAGUACCAGUGCAGUCACUAGGGGGGGUUGAUUUCUUCAGGUGCAGCGCUCUGGAGAGUGUAGGUGGGCAGUGAAGAUGGGAAAGGAAGGAAGGGCAAGGCAGGCCAUUGGCCUUGAGUGCUGCUGACACUGAUGAUGCCACUGCUCAGUACCGAAAAGAGAAGAAACGAGACAAACAAAAAGUCCUGAUGAAAGCAGCAGCCUUCAGUGCAGGCUGUGUUCCAGGCCAACACCAGAUAUAGCUGCAAGUUCUUUUUUUUUUUUUUCCAAAUUUUAAUAAAAUCGGCUUGGAAUUUGGUCAUUUUUUUUAGGUUUGUUGGUCUAUAGUGAAAACAUAAAGCCCUUUGUUUUCGUGUUUUGAACUUAAAAAAACAAAAAAACUUGGGGGAUGGGGGAAUAGGCAGCAUUUUUCAAGCUCGAAAUAGGGGAGAGAUCGUAUUUUUUAUAAGCUAUUACAAAAUUUGGGCUUUUCGGGUUAUAUAUCAAUAUCAAUAAUUGACUAUCAAAAAUAUUGAUCAGCUUUAGGACAUGGAAUUUUUGUUUGCACAAACAAGGCAUUAAUAUGCAGAUAGUCACAUUAAAAGGUGAUAUAAGAGCUCACAUGGCCAUUUCAAUCUGCAACAAAUAUUUGUUGACGUACAUAAUCAUCUGCAUGCACAGCAUUUUUGGCCCGAUAGUAGACUUGUCCAGUCUUCAGACAUCUUGACCAAGAGAAUGUUUACUCAACAUCAAAGCUUCCAUUUGCAAUGCACAUCAUCAUCAGUGUGGCAGUUGGUAGCCUGAGGUACUGCUCUCAUCAAAAUUGCCUUCCGAAAAUAAAAAUUAAAAAUUCCCAGAGAGCAUUACUUAAUCUUUUGCGUUGGUUGUGUAAUGAGUACUUUCAACAAGUUUCGUUAUUGAGUUCCACAUUUAUACUAUACCAAAAGUCAAAAAUGGGAAAUUUUCGUUCCAAAUUGGGAGAAAAAUGGGUUUAACACCAUUUUUGGGAAAACAUGUUUGUGGGGUGUAUAUAUGGGGCAAUUUCGGGUUUUACCCAGAAAUGAAGGGCCCAGUUUAUACUUGGUGAAUACAAGAACCAGGUAUGUUAUGGCACUGGGAAGGUCAAUAUAUUUUGGCACUUUCAGGCAGGUUAAUUCAUAUUUUGAAAACGUUUGCUGGCUAUUGUUCUUUUAAUGGAAUGGUGCCACAAAGAAUGAAUUUUACUGUAUGAAAUGUCCCAAUAUCUAGAAGCCAAAAACAAUACCGCUAUGUUUAGCAACUUGCUUGUUUGAACAGUCCAAGGUAAUAGUCUGUAUCUAAUCUCAAUCCUAUGCUGCUCAACAUAGCUGUAUUGUUAUUUCCUGUCCGUAACCGCAUUUGUAAAUAUUUGUUUCUUUAACUCGCUGUCUUAGUAGUGAAUCAUUGUGCUUUGAAAUCUAGAUUGAGAUGCUUGCUAGUAUAGAACACCAAAUAAGUCUGAAAGAGCAAUUUCGUGUGUUAAGAGUCUCAGGGAUCCAUGCUUCAGUAAAUGAGUUGGUGUCCGUCUGGUGGACUGCAAACAGUCCUAUUAUUCAACAGUUCCUAUGAAGAAGCAUGGAAAGUUGUCAUUUGCCUCUGUUUGGGCACCCAUGAACCUCAAUGUAGAUGGGUAUUUUUCUUAUAAUAAUGUCAAGUGUCACCUGCAUCUCCCAUUGGCUUCAUGUCUAGAGUAAUUGACUGUCAUACUUUCAUAUUGUGUGUCAUUUGUCACAAUGCAGGUCUGUCAUUUGGAUCUACGUGGCCUUCAUUACCAUUUCUGAAAAAUGACUCCAGUAACUGUGUACCAUGGAAACAAACUCACAUUUUCAUGAAAAGUAAUAUAUAAGUUUAAUCUUGUGCACAAGUCUGAUAUUCUAGCUCUACAUCUAUAAUUUUUGUUGCAUAAAAUUUUAAAGCUCCCAUUUGUAGAAGCUGUUUAUAGCUGUAACUUUGGUUGCUCUUGACAUUCUGGUCAACCUGUCAUUGCAUGUAGAGAAUUUAUAAAGUGUGCAUGCUUUGUAUCAUCUGUAUAGGGACUGCAUCUAAAGUAUGUAAGCUUAUUAUUUGACAUAUGUAUCUUCACCAAAUAAAAGUCAGUUU